AUGGCUAGUCCUGCGCACUGCCUCUACUGUUUCGAAGUUCUGUCCGCCAGCUUUGAACGGCGAGAUCCCCCAACUCUACACAAAGUGCUCGAACUUUAUGAGAACUACGAAUCAGUCAGUCGACCUAAUGGAAUAGCUACGGGAGAGGAAGAACCAGAAAAUGAUAAAGAUCAUGUCAAUGUGACGGAGUCUGAAGACGAGGAUGAAGCUGGCGACGAAGAAGAGGAAGAGGAAGAGCAAGAGGACGACGACGAAGCUGGGGAAGAAGAGAUCCAACGCUUUGAUCGCCGGCAGAGCAACAGCAAGGCCGGCCCUCAACUCCCCAGCAUCUCUCGAUUGCAAGCUUCGAGUUCCUCCUCGCGGUCCUCGUCGGCGUCGUCCCCUUCCCUCUUAUCCGCUAGUUCCUCCAAUUCUCAACUUACAACCCCCUCGAGCACGACUUCCUCCAGCUCUUCUGCUCGCCCUACGUACGCAUCACAACUCUCGGCUACCGAAUCAUUCCCGCUCUUCGUCACCUGGAACACCGUAGCCCGCUCCGGCCACAAAGCUCUAAGAGGCUGCAUAGGGACAUUUGAGGCCCUCCCACUCGCGUCGGGACUUACCACCUACGCGUUAACAUCUGCCUUUGAUGACACAAGAUUCUCGCCCAUCCCGGCUGCACUGUUGCCCGCACUUUCCUGCUCUCUGACAUUACUUGCAGACUUCGAGCCCUGCCGGGAUGCAAUGGAUUGGACACUGGGCCGCCACGGCUUACGGAUUAGUUUUAACUACCGGAGUCGUCGACAUGGUGCGACGUAUCUCCCGGACGUGGCAGUUGAGCAGGGCUGGACUAAAGAGGAGACGGUGGAAAGUUUAAUGAAGAAGGCAGGAUGGGAUGGAGGGUACGCAGGCCAUGGGGUUGCUAGGAGACUCUUACGGGGUUCAAUUAGAGGGUCUGCAAGCGACCAGCAACAGUCCCAAUCACCAAAGCCGUGGGAAGAAGUCCAGGAUUUCAGGGCAAUUAGGUAUACGGGGCUGAAAUCGAGUGCGACGUUUUCCGAGUGGCAGGACUGGCGCGAGUGGGCUGAAAAGAACAGUGUGAAGUGA